AAAAGUCCACUAGACUCAAACAGAAACCUAAUGCAGAGGAGGAGUAAGAUAGAUAGAUAGAUAGAUAGAGUAGAUAAAUAGAUAAAAAUGGAGGGGAACAGACUUCCUAAAGGAAAACAUUUCUUUCAGUGACUUUAAAAAGCCAAAAGUUACUGCCUUCUUGUUCCACACCAGGGGAAGAUAUGGAGACACCUUUCAUGAUAAUAUUAUUCUGCCUGCUUGCUGGUGUCCAUCCUGUGGAGUCUGUGAUCCAGAUGACUGGAGAUGUAGGUAAAUCAGCAGUGAUCAGAUGCCCCUAUGAUAGAGGAUAUGAGGGAUACUCCAAGUACCUCUGCAAAGGGUCAUGUCUUCACUUAACACUUAAAAGUAAAAUAGUCAAGACUGAAGCAGGUCAGACCAAAGCAAUCAAUGGGAGACUCUCUCUGCAUGACAACACCACUGCUGGAGUCUUCACUGUGACCAUCACUGGGCUGACUGCAGAGGAUUCUGGGCAGUACUGGUGUGGAGUUAAAACAGGGUUUGGAAAAGCUGAUGUUUUCUCUGGAGAAGUGGAAUUAAAGGUACAAAAAGUCCUCCCUCCCACCCCAAACUCGACCCCUGUACCCUCCACUGAGGACCACACCCUCUCAUCUCCAUCUACAGCUCCGACCUCCAACACCUCCCAAACUCAGCAUGUAUUGGAGACAAACAUUAGUGAUAAUGCCUUUAAAGACCAGCUAACUGCUGAUGAGCCUCGGGAUGUUCCAGAAAACUCUGUCGUCAUGGUGAUCUUGUGUGUGCUGGUGCUGCUGGUCAUAAUGACGGUGUGUGGGUUAGUUUCAGCCCUCUACUACAGACAGAGGAGGAGGAAGAAGCAGACAGCAGCAUGCGGUCCAUCCAGCCUUAACACCAUCGAUCACAUGGGGGAGGUAAGACCAAGAGUUUCAUAAAAAACCUGAAAGUAGAAACACUGCUCACAGCUAAGAAUGAGAGUUUCAUAAAAAACCUGAAAGUAGAAACACUGCUCACAGACCACAGAGACGCCACCUCUGUUACACAUGAUUGUAGUGGUCACCAGUUGUGUGCUGGGUUGUUUAUGCUUCAGAUGACAUAUUUUAGCUCCACACUGUAAACCCAAACCCAACGGGUCACUUAGAUCUAUUGUAACAAUAUGAAACGCAGUGUUUAGGGACCAGUCCAAAAAUUGCUAUCUUGGCAGCGUAAAAAGUUCACCGCCAGCCAGGUGUGUUGUUCAAAAGGGUUGUUCUUAUGUUUCUCUUAUGUUCUUAUCAGUCAUGAGAGUGUUUUGGGCCUAACAUCCAUUAAAGCCAAUGAGAGUGGCAUCUCAUUCCCAUUACAGUAAUAGCAAGGAGUGUGACAACAUUGGUAGGUAUUUCAACAGUUGGUAUUUCACCAGUCAGUGCAUCUGAAGGAAUCUGCUUGCAAGCAAGACUGCAACACCCAAUAUUCCACUAAACCUUGCUUUUCUAAAAUGUGUGUCACUAGCAGAUUAUAGCAUUAUGUACUCGCAUAUUAUUUGAGCAAAGAAAAACGUGGUCUCAAAGGCAAGUACAGCUUGAAUCAGACUCUCUCUUUCUCUCUCUCUCUUUCUCUCUCUCUCUAUCUCUCUCUCUCUCUAUCUCUCUCUCUAUAUAUAUCU